AUGUGGAUACGAUUGGUACUCAUUGUUGGCUCUUUAACACUUUCAGCGGCUGGUCCAUCGCCAAACGCUGAAUAUGUUGAAAAGUUAAUAAGAACAAAUGCUUUCGAUGAAAGAUUAAUUGAUAGCGAUUUAUUGAUAGAUGCCCUUCUUGAUGUGCCUGCUAUUAUAAGAAGACACAAUUACCCAUUAGAGGAACAUUCCGUCGUCACUCCUGAUGGCUACAUUUUGGGCAUGCAUCGUAUUCCUUAUGGUCGAGAUAGGCAUAAUCUUCCUGGAGACAGACCUGCUAUAUUAGUGAUGCAUGGACUGCUUAGUUCAUCAGCAGAUUAUAUAAUAACUGGGCCUGGAAACGCUUUAGGUUAUCUUCUUGCGGAAGAAGGUUACGAUGUCUGGCUGGGAAAUGCUCGUGGAAAUUAUUAUUCUAGAAAACACAUGUAUUUAAAUCCAAACGCGCUUUUCAAUUCUACGUUUUGGGAAUUUUCUUGGGAUGAAAUCGGUAACAUAGAUUUACCAGCAAUGAUUGACUAUAUUCUCGCUGAAACUGGUAAAUCGAAGCUCCACUACGCUGGCAUGUCUCAAGGCACUACGUCGUUCUUUGUGAUGGGGGCACUUCGUCCUGAUUACAAUGAUAAGAUUAUUUCCAUGCAUGCUUUAGCACCCGUGGCUUAUAUGGAGCAUAGCAAAAAUCCACUAUUUCAUGUAUUAGCUCCUUAUGCAACGGAUAUUGCGUCACUGGCGUCUUUGAUUGGAAUCGGAGAAAUAUUGCCCAAUAGUUUUCUAUGGACAUUGGUUGGACAAAGUGUUUGCAAGGAUGAGUCAAAAUUACAAUUCGCUUGUAAACAUGCCAUAUUCUUCAUUGGAGGAAGGAGUGAAGACCAACUGAAUUCGACAUUAUUGCCUGCGAAAUUAGGCCAUAUACCAGCUGGAUGUGCUCUCAAACAACUGGCUCAUUAUGGUCAAAGCAUAAUUAGCGGAAAAUUCCGGCGCUAUGAUCACGGUUGGGUGAGAAAUCUACAACAGUACGGAAGAAUUGAGCCACCGAAUUACGAUUUGUCCAGAAUAAACGCACCAGUGUUUCUUCAUUAUUCCGAAAGCGACCCCUUGGCUGACGUCAUCGAUGUAGAUAGAUUAUACAAAGAACUGGGGGGACCAGUCGCCAGGAUACGUGUUCCCUUGAAAACUUUCAGCCAUAUCGACUUUGUGUGGGGUAUUAACGCUAAAGAAUUAGUGUAUGAUGAAAUGAUUAAUAUCAUGAAGAUGUUCGAUAAAAAUUAG